AUGGCUGCGGCAGGGCCCGGCGCUGGGUGCUCGCCCGCCGCCCCCAGCGUCUCCUCGGUGCCCCUGGCCGCGCUCAACGUGCGCGUGCGGCGCCGCCUGUCGCUGUUUCUAAACGCGCAGUCGCUGGUGGCCGCCGACUGGACGGCGCUGGCCGAGGAGCUGGGCUUCGAGUACCUGGAGAUCCGGCAGCUGCAGGCGUACCCCAACCCCACCGGGCGCCUGCUGGACGACUGGCAGGGCCGCCCCGACGCCUCCGUGGGCCGCCUGCUCGAGCUGCUGGCCAAGCUUGGCCGCCGAGACGUCCUGGAAGAGCUGGGACCUAGCAUAGAGGAGGAUUGCCAGAAAUACCUGCUGAAGCAGCAGGAGGCGGAGUCUGAGAAGCCCUUGCAGGUGGCUGCUGUAGACAGCAGUGUCCCACGGACAGCAAAGCUCACUGGCAUCACCACGCUCGAUGACCCCCUAGGGCAAAUGCCCGAGCGCUUUGACGCCUUCAUCUGCUACUGCCCCAGCGACAUCCAGUUUGUGCAGGAGAUGAUCCAGCAGCUGGAGCAGACCAACUACCGGCUAAAGUUGUGCGUGUCUGACCGAGAUGUCCUGCCUGGCACCUGCGUCUGGUCCAUCGCCAGCGAGCUCAUUGAGAAGAGGUGUCGCCGGAUGGUGGUGGUUGUCUCUGACGAUUACCUACAGAGCAACGAAUGUGACUUUCAGACCAAGUUUGCGCUCAGUCUCUGUCCAGGCGCCCACCAAAAGCGGCUGAUUCCCAUCAAGUACAAGGCGAUGAAGAAGGAGUUUCCCAGCAUCCUGCGGUUCAUCACUGUCUGCGACUACACUAACCCCUGCACCAAGUCCUGGUUCUGGAACCGCCUCGCCAAAGCCUUGUCCCUGCCCUGAAGAUUGCCCUGGGAGCCUGGGUGGAUGUGCGUCUGUCUGCAGUCUGUCGGUGUACAUCUGCCCCUGCCUCCUGUUGCUGCUGCAGGGGAAACGUGAGCCCCACUUGCCUCAGGAUUCCUGGGCUUGCCAACUCCCAGGCACUUCUGCAGCCUCAGCGUGCGGCCCACACACUUCCUGACCUGCACAGUGCCAGUGGCCCUGAGCCGUGUGCCCAUCGGCAGGAUGACCAGCCAGGACAGUGGAGGACAGAACCACUUGGGACCAAGAGCAGGACCAGAGGAACUAGCUCUUCAGCCGCAGUUUCCCCACCCGGAAACUCAGUAGAAUGAAGGAGAGCAGGCCAUCUCUGUGUUUGCAGCACUGUGUAGGAAACGGUGAAGUGUUGGUGGGGGCUCCCAGGGAAGCAGGCUUUGCUGACACGGAGCUGGGCAUCUACUGAUGUUUCAGUGCCUGAGGAACACCUCACUUCUUAACACCCCCGUCCCCUGAUGAUGGCAUACCUCAGCCCAGAACCAGGAGGUCCUGCCUUGAGCCUGAUUCCCACCAGACCCUGUCUCUCCCCUGCCUCAGUGAACCGCCCAGAAUUGGUCCACCCCCACCCCACCCCACCC